UGGCGCGUGCCUUAUCUCUGCUUCAGUGGUCUUAAAUCUCUCUUGCUUGAUCCAACUUUCUCUUCCUCCAUAUCAUCAAAACUCUCCAUAACCAAAACAGUUUUCACCAAGCUUUCGAAGGACUACAUCAAUGGCGUCCUCUCCCAUUUCCCCUGCUACUCAGCUUGGUUCGAGCAGAAGUGCCACUAUGUUGGCCAUGUCGCGUGGGAUGAUGUUUGUGAAGCCAACGAGGACGAGUCACCAGAUGGUGAGGAAGGAGAAGAUUGGUCUGAGAAUCGCUUGUCAGGCGACGAGUAUACCAGCAGACAACGUUCCAGACAUGGAAAAGAGGAAAACUUUGAAUCUUCUUCUUGUCGGGGCUCUUUCUCUCCCUACUGGCUUCAUGCUUGUCCCUUACGCUACCUUCUUUGCUCCUCCUGGAUCCGGAGGUGGAGGUGGUGGUACUCCAGCCAAGGAUGCACUUGGAAACGAUGUUAUUGCCGCAGAAUGGCUCAAGACUCAUGGUGCUGGUGAUCGAACCUUGACUCAAGGAUUGAAGGGAGAUCCAACUUACCUAGUUGUGGAGAACGACAAGACACUAGCGACCUACGGUAUAAACGCAGUGUGCACUCAUCUAGGAUGUGUUGUGCCGUGGAACAAAGCUGAGAACAAGUUCCUAUGUCCUUGCCAUGGAUCCCAAUACAAUGCACAAGGCAGAGUCGUUAGAGGUCCAGCUCCAUUGUCGCUUGCCUUGGCACAUGCGGAUAUUGAUGACGGUGGAAAGGUUGUGUUUGUUCCAUGGGUUGAAACUGACUUCAGGACUGGUGAUGCCCCUUGGUGGUCUUAAAUCUCUCUUACAACAAACUCUUUUUGUGGGGAGAAGAAUGGGGGAUGGCUGUCUUUUUGUGUUUGAAUGUUAUUAUAAUGUAAAACCUGUGUGUAAUCUCAUACAUUUCUUGGCAAAUUACUCUGUCAAUUCUUGCAUCUUUAUAUGAAUUUUAUGUUCAUUCA